AUGGUUGAUUUUAGAAAAUUCAUGCAAAUAGUAAUGCGCAAAUUUAAUGAUAAAUUGAAUGUUUCAGCUUCUGCUGCUAUGUUGAUCGCUGUUUUUUGUUUGUAUAAAGCCAGAGCUAAACCUAAUUUGCCACUAGUGAAGAUAAGCAAUUUCAUGUUAGUGUUGCAAAAGAAAUUGGUUGAAGAAGUAAUUUAUGAUGGCUCUCAUAUUUUAUUCAGAUGUGUCAAUUAAGCCUAAUGGUUAUCGACCUAGGCUGAGCCCAUGAUAAAGGGAAAGGAAUUAUUGAAGGCAUUGAUGGAAUAUGGUGUUCCAAGAUUUUAAAAUUCCACUUAAAUCUAUUACAACGAGAAACAAAUGAUGUAUAUAAUAAUGAGCAUAGCAGCCUUAUCAUAUACAUUUGGUAUUUUUGCAUCUCAUUUAAUUAAUUCUAAUAGACUUUCUAAUAAAUCUAUGCUUGCAUAAUCAACUGGAGUUAAGUUUUCGAAUAUUUAUGGAUUAGAUCACGCAAAGAAAUAACUUCAAUAAAUCAUUGAAUAUUUGUAAGAUCCUUUGAAAUACAGAAAUGUCGGUGCUAGACUAAGAAGAGGAGUCAUGAUAUAUGGACCUCCAGGCACAGGAAAAACCAUGCUAGCUAAGGCCACUGCAACUGAAAGCAAUGUCAAUUUCUUAUACUGCUCAGCAACAGAAUUCAUAGAGGUCUAUGUAGGAACUGGUCCUAAGAGAGUUAGAGAAUUGUUCAAAAAGGCACGACAAUCGUCUCCUGCAAUCAUCUUUAUUGAUGAAAUUGAUAGCAUUGCAUAUAAAAGAAAGAACUAAAAUUUUGGAACUGAAACUGGUGGUGAUAAUGAAAGGGUAAGUACUUUAAAUUAAUUACUAACAGAAUUGGAUGGGUUUAAAGAGAAUGAGAAUAUUGUGGUCAUUGCAGCAACCAAUCGAAUUUAAAUUCUAGAUGAAGCUCUUCUGAGAAGUGGUCGAUUCGAUAUCAAAAUAGAGAUAAAUUUACCAUCAGAAAAUGAGAGAAAAGGCAUCAUGGGGGUUCAUUUACAAAAUAAAAAACACUAAGUUUCAUCUGGAAUGAUCGAUGUAGUAGCCAAGAAUGCAUAUGGAUUUUCGGGAGCAGAUAUGGAAAAUAUUACAAAUGAAAGCGCAUACAUAGCCAUUGAGAAACAAUAAGAGUUCAUUAAUGAUGCCGAUUUCUAGGAAGCCUUAAAAAAGAUCACAAUGGAGAAAUAACAUAUGAAGGAUUAAAUAUUAAAUUUUUGA